AUGGACCGAGUAAAUGGCUCUGCGGUGACUGAGUUUGUAUUGCUGGGACUUGCACAAUCCUUGGGAAUGCAGUUUUUCCUUUUCUUCAUCUUCUUUUUAUUCUAUGUAGGAAUUAUCCUGGGAAACCUCUUCAUUGUGUUCACAGUGAUUUUCGAUCUUCAUCUACACUCUCCCAUGUAUAUUCUGCUGGCCAACCUAUCACUCAUUGACCUGGGCCUUUCAUCUACCACAGUUCCUAGGACGAUUUCUGAUCUUUUCAGUGACUGUAAAGUCAUUUCCUUCCACAGCUGCAUGAUACAAAUGUUCUUUAUCCACGUCACGGGAGGAGUUGAGAUGGUGCUGCUCAUAGCAAUGGCAUAUGACAGAUACACAGCAAUCUGCAAGCCCCUUCACUAUCUAAUUAUUAUGAAUCCCAAAAUGUGCGUAUUUUUGGUAGUGGCUGCUUGGGUCAUUGGGGUGAUUCAUGCUGUGUCUCAGUUUGUUUUUGUCAUAAACUUACCCUUCUGUGGCCCUAAUAAUGUAGGGAGCUUCUACUGUGAUUUUCCUCAGGUUAUUAAACUUGCAUGCAUGGAUACUUACCAACUAGAAUUUGUGGUCACUGCCAACAGUGGCUUCAUAUCAAUGGCCACCUUCUUUGUCUUAGCUGCAUCAUAUAUAUUUAUUCUGCUCACUGUUCGAAAACAUUCUUCAAAUGAUUUCUCCAAAGCACUCUUCACUUUGUCUGCUCACAUCACUGUAGUGGUUUUGUAUUUUGCUCCUUGUAUGUUUCUCUAUGUGUGGCCUUUCCCUACUAAGUCAUUGGAUAAUUUUUUUGCCAUUGUGGAUUUUGUUGUCACCCCUGUCUUAAACCCUGCCAUCUAUACUUUAAGGAACAAAGACAUGAAAGUGGCAAUGAGAAAACUGAGUCAACAGGUUGUAAGUUCUAGGGAGAUGGCAUAAUGGAUUUUGUUGGGAAAAGCAAAAAAUGAAUUCCGCGGACCAUAAAGAUCUCUGUGAUCACCAAGAACACUAUUGAAUGUGUAAAUUUUCAUUGUUGCCUUUAAAGAUCUGAGAGGUCUAAAGAAAAGGAGAUAUUACUCUAAGAAUUUUAUUUUCAGAUGUUCUAACAAGUUUUGUUAAUCAUAAAAAAUAAAGUGUUACAUAUUUCUAUCUAACCUAUAAACCUAAAUUAUAGUUUACCAGCAGUAACUACCUUAAAUUUUCAGGUGGUUGUAUAUAUAUGUAUACACACACACACACACA